AUGAACAAGCUUUAUCUCGACCCGUCUACAUUGGGGUCGUCGGCCGAUAAGGAGUUCAGCGAACCCAAAAUGGCGUCUUGGCACCUGUAUCUAUGGCAGCGGCUCGACCAGACUUUUAUUGCAGGUUUUACUCCUGUCUAUUAUGCAUCGGUUAUGGGUACUGGUAUAUCAAGCAACAUCUUGUACAAUUUCCCCUUUGAGAGCCGAUGGCUCCAAAUCUGCGGCAUUAUAAUGGCUGUGGUUGCGCUUUGUCUCUUUUUGGUUUUGCUGGCGUUUUUCGCUCUAGCACUACUUCGAAAUAAGAGCCUCUUUUCCAAGAUCCACCGUGAUGCCGCUUUGGCUCCGCCCAUGGGCUGUUUUGUCAUGGGCUACGUCACGUUGGUCAACAUGUUGCAUUCGCUCACCAAAGACCGCUGGAUCAUGGCUGUGUGGGUCCUCUGGUGGAUUGCUGUGGCUGGUUCCUUUUACACCGCAUUCUUGACGUUCUACUUGUGUGCUAUAGCCAAGCACAGGAAAAACAGAAACCAUACUGAACCUUCCAACAUCAGCAUGACUUUCCUUUUGCCCGUGGUGACAUUGAUGGUGACAUCGUCCUCAGGCGGCAUUGUCACGCCCGAUUUGCCUCAUUUGCAAUUGAAGAUCAUCUCCAUGGUUGUGUCUUUCAUCAUGUGGGCUAUCGCCGUGGUGCUAGCAUUUAUUGUCGUGUCCGUCAACUUCUGGCGUCUUUUUGUGCACAAGAUCCCUGCCUCGGGCCAGGUCUUCACCAUGUUUCUCCCCAUUGGCUUUUUGGGCCAAGGCUCUUACUCAAUCAUGCUUUUCGGCCGCAAUUGCGUCACCAUCAUAAUGGAGCAUGCGGACUCUGUCCUGCUGUCUUCCUACACCAGCAUAUUGCACACAACUGCAUCGGAGAAUCAUGUGGAUCUAUCGGGCCUUCCGUCUAUCUUGGCAACGUCCUUGCUAACAGUAUCCACGCUUGCAGCCAUGACGCUCGUCUCCUUUGGUUACUUUUUCACCUUUGUGGCGUUUGCAUCUUUCUUCUCCAAGAUGGUGCCGUUUGCGUCCCGCCCCAACUUGCAACAUGUGUACCAACCUUCUGGUACGAACUUUAUCUCGCGGCAAUUUGCAGGGUUUCUACGCUUCAACAAAGGGUUCUGGUCCAUGACAUUCCCUGUGGGCACAAUGGUCUUGGCUAAUGGCGAGAUCCAUUCGCUUUUCAAUGGUAUGGAAGCGUUCCGUUACAUCAGUGUCAUCUACGCUGUUGUAGUAAUUAUCGUCACAUUGGGAUGUCUUUGCGGCGUCUUAUACAAUAUCGGCAAGGCAAUCAAGUUUGCAUUUUCUCCUUUGCGCCAGAAAGAGAUGGUUUGA